AUGGUCAGAUCAGGCAAUGGGUCUUAUGUUAAAGCUAGGGCUUUGCUUGACUCGGGAGCGGGGUGCUCCGUAGUGAAGAAAUCAUUUGUAGAAAGAUUCAAAGUACACCAACAGUUUACUGGGAAUAAUAUUUUUGGAGUAGGUGACAUAAAGGUAAAUGUGCCAGGCACGAUUGCUAAGCUUGUAUUCAAACCACGCGGGAAAACAGUGCCUAUCAUCAGUGUAGUAGCUACAGUCAUGUACAGGGUUACGGGAAACAUACCUUAUUAUGAUACUGAGAUCAGGACUCAUUUGGAUUCAUCAAAACUUGAAUUAGCUGACCCUGCCUUGGAUAAAUCGCAGGAUGUGGACAUCAUUCUAGGAACGGAUGUGCUCAAUUAUAUAUACACUGGUUCAAAGAUACUCACUAACAUUCCAGGUGUUGAGGCGUACGGCACCUGCUUCGGUCACGUGCUGAUGGGGGCAACUUGGAAUUACCCAUCAUCAUUAACAACACCGACCGCCGGGACAUCAGUAGAGGACUACGGCAUCCAUGCUACUCGGCUCGAGGACGUCCUAGAAAGGUUUUGGAGAGUGGAGCAGCCCCCCGAGGAGCGGCCGCAACACCCAGAACACCUCGAAUGUGAAAGGUUGUAUACCUCCACUACUCAACGUUUAGAUAAUGGCCAAUUCAUGGUGCGGUUGCCGCUGCGGGCAGACCGACCCAAGCUGGGCGAGUCUAGGGCUCUAGCCAUGCGUAGACUGAUUUCGUUGGAGGCCAGGCUGGCCAAAAAUCCAGUAUUUGCUGAAAAAUAUAAGGAAUUCAUGAGGGACUAUGAGGCACUUGGUCAUAUGUCCAAAUCAGACUUUAAUUUCGAGAGCGAACACUAUGUAAUACCCCACCACGGAAUUUUCAAAAAGGGAUCCGAAAAGAUCCGCGUCGUAUAUAACGCUGCAGCUAACUCAAGCACCGGAGUAUCGCUCAAUCAAUGCCUUCACUCAGGCAAACCGCUUCAAAAUGAUAUCACUCAAAUAUUGUUAAAUUUCAGACGUCAUCAAGUUGUCUUCACGACCGACAUCAGAAUGAUGUUCCGGCAAACGUGGAUACACCCCAGCGAUAGGCGCUAUCAGCUGAUUCUGUGGCGCGAGGAUCCGUCGCAGGAUGUACAGGUAUAUGAGUUAAAUACCAAUACAUACGGACUACGCUCCAGUCCUUUCAUCGCGAUAAGGACCUUACUUCGAUUAGCUGAUGACUGGGAAGCCCAGCAUCCAGACUCACCGGCUGCUCAUAUCAUGCGCAGAGAUGUAUAUGUUGACGACAUCCUCACUGGGGCUGAUUCACUCACCGAGGCCCAAGAACUCAAAUCAGAACUCAUAGAACUCAUGCGGAGCGCUGGAUAUGAGUUACGCAAAUGGUCGUCUAACCGCAGAGAAUUAUUACAGGAUCUUCCGCAGGAGCAUUGUGAGAUGCCUCGUCAGUUUGACACUGACGACAAGAGUUUCAUAAAGGUAUUAGGGAUACAGUGGAACCCCAUGUCAGAUUCCAUGUCGUAUCAACUCAACAUACCGUUGGGCCAACCAACGACGAAACGUAGCAUAUUGAGUACCAUAGCUAGACUGUAUGACCCGUGUGGCUAUUGCGCACCAAUCAUAUUUAGAUUCAAACUGUUUUUACAAUCACUGUUCACAGAUGGAUUACAGUGGGAUGAGCCACUGUCCCAUACUCAAGACCUUCAAUGGAAUGAACUCAUUCAAGAUCUACAUCACUUGAGUCAGCUACAGAUUCCGAGGUGCGUCACUCUGCCCGGUGCGGUGUCACACUCCCUCCACGGCUUUGGAGAUGCGUCGGAGCUCGGCUACGGAGCCUGCGUGUACCUCCGGACUGAGGACGCGUCAGGGAAUGUACUAGUACGAUUCAACGCUUCAACGCAGGCCCCGUUUAUGGCAGAUUUGCCAGCGGACCGAGUCACGGCGGCUCGUGCCUUUUCAGGAGUAGCAACCGAUUUUGCCGGUCCCUACUGGGUCAAAAGUAGUCACCUCAGAAAUGCUAAAUCACUCAAAGCUUAUCUGUGUGUUUUCGUAUGUUUAGGAACGAAAGCCGUACAUCUUGAACUCGUCUCGUCGCUGAGCACCGAGGCCUUCAUUGCGGCGUUCACACGGAGGAAUUUCGUCGCCAAGGUGUCCGCUGGGAGUUCAAUCCUCCUGGUGCCCCUCACAUGUCAGGCUUGGUAG